GCCUAAAGUUAGUACACUAGCUAUGUUUUAUACAGUGAGUGGGAACUCAUCCAACCCAGCAUAACAAGAGGAUAGGCUGAAUCAAUGAGCUCCUGUGUGAAGACAACUUGAGCUGUCCUCCAUCUACCCUCUUCCCCUCCUUUCUCCCGGCCCCUGGGCCAGGGAAUGUGCCGGCUGGGAGAUGCCUUACGUGGAUCGGCAGAACCGGAUCUGUGGCUUCCUGGACAUCGAGGAAAACGAGAGCAGUGGGAAGUUUCUGCGCCGCUACUUCAUCCUAGACACCCAACCGGGCAGCCUGGUGUGGUACAUGGACAACCCUCAGAACCUGCCCAUCAGUGCGGACUGUGUUGGCUCACUCAAACUCACCUACAUCUCCAAGGUCAGCGACGCCACUAAGCAGAGACCAAAGGCAGAGUUUUGCUUCGUCAUCAACGCUGGCAUGAGGAAAUUCUUCCUCCAGGCCAAUGAUCAGCAGGACCUGGUGGACUGGGUGAACGCUCUUAACAAGGCCACCAAAAUCACUGUGCCAAAGUCCUAUGAUGGCCAACAGAAUGUGGAGACCCAGAAAGCCCUUCUGGACAACCUGGGACCCAAGAAGCAGGUCUCCUACAGGACUGACAUCAUCGGGGGAGUUCCCAUCAUAACCCAGAUGCAGCAGGAAAGGGGAGAGGGCCAGGAGGGUUCCGAGCGAGAGUUGCUGCAGAGAUCCCACAACCAGCUGCCAUACUUCCUGGGCAGGCCGACCCAAGACAAGACGGUCAUCAAGUCUGGCUAUUGUGUGAAGCAGGGAGCUGUGAUGAGGAAUUGGAAAAGGAGAUAUUUCUUACUGGAGGAGAACUCAAUGAGUUACUUCAAAUCAGAUCUGGAGAAGGACCCUCUGAGAAUUAUUCCAUUGAAGGAGGUCCACAAAGUUCAGGAGUGCAAACAGAGUGACAUCUUGAUGAGGGAUAAUCUCUUUGAGGUUGUCACCACUUCUAGGACCUUUUACAUUCAGGCUGACAGUCCAGAGGAGAUGCACAGCUGGAUCAAGGCUGUCUCUGGGGCCAUCGUAGCCCUGCGGGGACCUGGGAGAUCUGCAGCCACCAUGCGGCAAGCCAGACGGCUGUCGAACCCCUGUAUACAGAGGUAUACGGCCCGAAUCGGGGAGUGCAGCACCAGGAGCACUGUGGCUGUUCCUCCCAAUCCACAUUCUACCGCAGCCACCCGGGGCCCCCCGUCCCUCGCUCGCCCUUAUCUGCAGUGCCACCCUACCCAGGGUGCCCUGCUGUCGCGGGCGGCGCACGCCCGGAGCCUGGCGUGGGACAGCGAACAUUUCAUGAGCCUCCUGCCACGACCCAGCCACGCCCGACUGUCACUACAGGAGACACGCCUGUCCAAGUGACCGCUGCCACCACCCUCGAGUCACCAUGGAGACAGUGCAGCACCUUUGAGGGCUACCCACCAGAACCCCCCCUUGACUUGGACCCUACUGACCUGCCAGUCAGUGAAGUCUCACCCCUACCCACAAACUAGGAGAUGAUGUGUGGCAACAGUGAUAAUGGAGGAAAUGAGAGGAGUGCUUUUGAAUAACCGAGAGAAGCAGAACCAGGGGGCUGGUGGUCUCCUCCACCAAACUGACCGGAAGUCAUCUGGAUAGAAAUGGCAGAAAGCAGGAACUGGAGUCCAUGCCAAAGUGAAUGACUAUAUAAUAUGUCUGACCUCUAUCCAUCUCAUGUUACCUAACCCAACUAGUCAACUCUGGUCAGAUAUUAGAGUUGAAAGUCACUCAGGGACAGAGGGGUUGCGUUCUCUCCUGGUGUUUCAUUGUUAGUCAUCUGCUCAGUUGAAGUCGAGGCCUGUGGACACAUACUUAAAGUCAUGCAAUCAGCUGUGUGCCUGUGUGUGUAGGGAGGGUGGGAUUCACACUGAGCUCUACGCCAAAGAUACGCCAUUUGUCAUUUUCUCCCACCUUAGAUCAAACGUUAAUGUUCGCCUUCACAUUUAGAUUUAAAAUGUAAUGAAGAGUUUUACCUGCAACUCAUGACUAGGCACAAAGAUUAAUUCAACAAUUUGUGAGCUAGUGAGUGUAUAUUUUAAGGGAGCAAGCUAUAUUCUCUGAGGGAAUAGGUGUCAAGCUACAGAAAUAAUCAUGCCUGGUCAUUUCAUACAUUCACUGUUGUUCUUAUUGAACGUUGUCUUUAUUUUUAAUUUUAAUGUAUAGUGUAUGACCCAAAUUAUUCUAACAGACAUUUUCUUUAUCUGAUUUUAAAACCUACAUACAAUCCCACUCAAGAUCCACACCAGAGUAUUACAGGUAGAAAGUUGUUGGCACACACUGUGGACUGGUACGAGAGGACUGUGCAGCUCCAAAGCAAGCCAUGUGGGUCGUUCCACCAAUUCGGUGCCUUUUUGAGAAAUAUAAAUUGGUAGAAAAAACAAAUUGAUUUCACCUAAUUUAGCAUUCUGUCAUAAAGAGCACAUUUUCAACUUUAGCAAGUCUUUAUUCAGAUGCAAAAAAAUCUGAUUUGUUGAAUUCUUUGUGUGGUCUAUAUUAAAGGUUACUUCAUUUAAUUUAAUUUAACAGACUUAAAUGUGAUGUUGGUGCACAAUUUUUACUUAACAUAUCAAAGGGAAGCAAAAAGGCACUCAUUUCGUGCAACGAUCCAUGGAUGUUUGCCUAAUCCUGCAGGGUACUGUUUUGGGGUUAUCUUCGGACUUGUACCAAUAGGAGUUUAGUGGGGGAGUGAGUUGAGCGACAGAGUGAGGUGGCUUCAGUACGGGACCAAAGUCAACAGCAGUCACUACUAGGGAAGGGAUGGCCAGAGUGUCUUGCAGAGAUGAUGUUGAAAUAAAUACUGUUCACCAAAGCUGCCUGACCUCUUCAGACCUGUAUACUGUACAGUGGCUUCAACCAUUUUAAUGACUGCUGCCCUAUUUGUUGAGUUAUGACAAUGACAGCUGCUGUUUUGUGUGUGUGAAAACAUUGGUUUUCUUCAACAGUUUGUAUGGGAUGGUUUUAUUUUAUGUUGUAAAAUUAUGUGGGAAGAUGUAUAUUUCCGUUUGAACUUCCCUGUGCCUGUAUUGCCAGGUAGUGGAGGUUAACCCAACAAUACUACUCAAAGGUCUUAUUUCAAUAGCUCUCAGUAGUGGUUUUGCAAAACCAUAUAGCUGCUAAAGUGCCAUAAAUUCUAUAAAAAUAAAUACAUGUUAUUCUAA